CUAGUUCGUGCAAAACAAAAAUAUAAUUUUGUGUUAAUUUUGUUAAAUGAAAUGUGGAAUACGUAGCAACAAACUAUAGCCAAAUUUAUUAUCAAAGUUUUAAUUUUUCAUAUAAAGUACACACUAGUGCAUUUUGUGCGCCGACAAAAUCCGAUAGAACCGCUCAAAUGAACUUCAGCUGAUGCACUCUCAGCUUCGGUUUUACGAACGCCGCAAAACUAGCUCGCAGUUUUUUUUUCUGCGCCAAACAAUAGCGUUCUCGUUUAUUGUCCGUAGAAAAGAAGUUUUACAAAAUCAAUUUCACUGAAUAAACUAAGAUUGCAAUCAAGAUGAGCGACGCAAAUAGCCCGGCGCAAGCUGCAGACGUGGAUGAGGUUAAUCCAUUGGAGCAAUCGACCAUUACAAUGCUCGAUGUACUCGAAGAGGAGAAGGAAAUGGAGGAGGAAUACGCAGCAGUGCUCGGCGGCUCCGAUGAAAAGGCCUGUACAUAUGCCAAAGGCGCCAUACAACGUCAGGCGCUCUACUCUUGCCUCACCUGCUGCCCGGAGGCGCGCAAAGAUCUGACAAAGAGCGCCGGCGUCUGCCUGGCCUGUUCCUACCGCUGUCACGAGAAUCACGAGCUAAUCGAGCUUUACACUAAACGCAACUUCCGUUGCGAUUGCCCAACUCUGCGUCUGGGCAGCGAUAAGCGUUGCGCUCUGAAUCCACAGCUGGAGGCAGUCCAGCCGCCAAAUGCGGAGAAUCUCUACAAUCAGAAUUUCCAGGGCUUGUACUGCAAAUGCAAGCGACCCUAUCCCGAUCCCGAACGCACCACGGAGGAGCUAAUGCUGCAGUGCGCCAUCUGCGAGGACUGGUUCCAUCUGCAGCACAUGCAGGCGCCGAACGUCUCUGAAAAAUGGCUAGAUGCGUGCAGUGAAAUGAUCUGUGACUCCUGCAUGGAACGUCACGAGUUCCUGCGCGACUACACGGGCCUGGCACUGCAGCCACAAGGUGAGCAGAAGGAGUCCAAGACCGAGGUCAAUGUAGCUGACAACCAGCCGACUGCGAGCGAGCAACAGUCGCAUUCCGAGGAGCCGGCUGAAAAACGCAUCAAAUUGUCUGCCGACGACGAAUGUCGUCGACCAAAAACCCCCACGGGACAUACAGGCACCGCCUUCUGGGCCAAUGACUGGCGCAAAUCUCUGUGUAAGUGCGACAAGUGCUUGGAGAUGUACAAAGAGCAGUCUGUGGAGUUUCUGUUGGAUGACGAGGACCCAGUCAAGGAUUACGAGGAGCGCGGCAUGAAGCGCGUCCAGGAGAAUUCCAGCUAUGAGCAGGGCAUACGCGCCCUGGCCUCCAUUGAUCGCACCAAGCAAAUCGACGUGAUCACCGAAUACAAUCGCAUGGGCGAUAAGCUAAAGGAGUUCCUGCAAUCGUUUGCCGCCAACAAAACAGUUGUCACCGAGGACGACAUCAAACGUUUCUUUGCCGGCAUGCGCAGCGAGAACCAUACGAAUCUCGGCCAGCCCUAUUUCUGUCGUUAAACACACACAUAUUUACCUAUUGAGUAUUCCUAGUAGUUAUAUACAUAUAAACAUUCCCCAAAGUAUGGAAUUUAUUGUAAAAUCUUAAAUUUAUGGUCUUCAUAUAUUUAACAGCAACAAUUAUUCGGAGCAUACGAAAUGAGAUUCGAGUAAUAAGCUAUGCACGUGGCAACUAUAUCUAAAUAGCCAAAUAUCUAUGUACAACUGGCUCUACGAAUAUACAUAUACAUACACACAUAUAUAUAUAUAUAUAUA